AUGCCACCCUUGAGCCAGACAACUUCACACACGGGAAGCUACUUCCUAAACGGAGAUCCCGCUGCGUUUGAUGCCCCCUUCUUCUCUAUCACGGCCCACGAGGCAGCUGCCAUGGACCCACAGCAACGAUGGCUUCUCGAGACUUCUUACAGAGCCCUGGAAAAUGCUGGGAUUCCCCUGGAGAAAGUGGCAGGAACCAAUACAGCUGUCUAUGCUUCAUCUACCUCAGAAGACUACAUUAUGAUGACUGCCAAAGACCCAGAUCAUGCGGCGCAGAUGGUGGCCACCGCCACCAGCCCUAGUAUCCAGGCUAACCGGAUCAGUUGGUACUUCGACCUGAGGGGUCCCAGCAUACAUGUCAAUACUGCUUGUUCAUCCAGUAUGAUUACUGUGGAUCUUGCGUGCCAGAGCUUGAGAAGCGGGCAGAGUUCAAUGGCCUUGUUAGCGUCCGCCAACAGUUUACUGAGCCCAGAAUGGUCCCUCUAUAUGUCUAACAUGAACUUCCUGUCACCAGAUAGUCGGUGCUAUAGUUUUGAUCACCGUGCUAAUGGCUAUGCAAGAUCAGAGGGCGUUGUUGUUCUCGUGCUAAAGAGACUUUCUGACGCGAUUCGGGACGGGGACACGAUUCGCGGGGUGAUUCGAGGAACUGGCUCGAACCAGGACGGCCACACCCCAACAAUGCCCCAGCCAAACCAGUCCGCGCAGGAGGCACUCAUUCGCCAGGUAUAUAAGAGCUGCAACUUGGGCUUUGAGAAAACGCGUUAUGUAGAAGCCCAUGGUACCGGCACGCAAAUCGGGGACGUCACAGAAGCAACUGCAAUAGGCCGGGUGUUCAGGAGCAGCAGAUCCCCGAAGGAGCCACUUUAUAUUGGCUCGAUCAAAGCGAACAUUGGUCAUCUGGAAGGAGGUAGUGGCCUAGCCAGCAUUCUCAAAAGCAUCAUGAUACUCGAGAAAGGUAUCAUCCCGCGCGCCGCCUCGUUUGAGAAAUUGAACCCUAAGAUCAAGGCCAAAUUCUACCAUCUGGAGGUAUCUACUGCUUGCAUUCCUUGGCCGACUCAAGGCCUGCGACGGAUCUCGGUCGAUUCAUUCGGCUUUGGUGGAGCCAAUAGCCACGUCAUCAUCGAUGAUGCUUUCCAUACCAUUGAGGCUCUUGCGCUCGUAGGCAAUCAUCAUACCUUGGCCUUCCCCGGCCUGUCUGGCGGCGUGAACGGAGUGAACCAUGCAACCGACAAAAACAGUAAAGCGAACCCCGGGCACCAUUUACUGACGUGGUCAGCUCGAGAUGAAGCUGCACUGAAACGAAUGUUGCGUCGGUAUGAUGAGUAUCUCCGAACCUCCAGCUCCACGCAUGGAGAUGCCGAAUUCCUAGGAGAUAUCGCCUAUACACUUGCUGCGCGCCGUUCUCUCAUGGCCUGGAGAGCCUUCUCCAUUGUGAAUGGACUAGAGACCUUGGACCUCCCUGCUGCGAAAUGCGAGCGCGCGGCACGUGACGUUGGAGUGGCUUUCGUCUUCACCGGCCAAGGCGCGCAGUAUGCCAACAUGGGGAUGGGGCUGCUCCACUACCCCGUCUUCAAGGCUACGCUUGUCGAGAUAGAUAGUAUAUUCCAGAGUUUGGGAGCCGAGUGGUCACUAUUUGAUAAACUCAGAGACCAAACAUGCAUCGACAGACCAGAGUUCAGCCAGCCUUUAUGCACUGCGCUUCAGAUAGCUCUGGUAAGACUACUGGAAACUUUCAAUGUCUUCCCAGAUGUUAUAGUCGGACAUUCGUCAGGAGAGAUUGCGGCGGCAUACACCGUUGGAGCCUUUUCCCUUCGCUGCGCCUGCGCAGCUGCCUAUCACAGAGGUCGCCUCGCUGGGCAGAUAGCCGCAGUAUCUGCGCUGCAGCCAGGAGCGAUGAUGUCCGUGAAUCUCGCGGAAUCCGAAGCCGAGUCCUACUUGGUGAAAGCGUCACUGCCCGGUCCCGUUUCUGUUGCGUGCAUCAACAGCCCGAGCAACGUUACGCUAUCGGGCGACGAGAGUGCCAUUGAUCAGCUGCACAAAGACCUUGAAAAAGAUGGCGUCUUCGCAAGGAAGAUCAGAACGGGCGUGGCCUAUCACUCGCCUGCUAUGUAUCACGCCGCUGGUGAGUACCUGGCUAGUUUGGAUCAUCUCGAGCCACGAGAAUUGCACAGCGGCAACCCUAUCAUGAUAUCAACCGUAACAAGCCAGAAGGUUGCGACAAUCAACCUGUUAGACCCGCGAUACUGGGUCGAUAAUAUGGUGUCACCUGUACGAUUCGCUGACGCACUGCAAUACAUCGUCCACACUGCGCCCAAGGUAGAUGGCCUCAAGCCCAUCACCAACUUUAUUGAAAUUGGACCCCACGGAGCAUUGCAGCGACCCGUACGCGACACGAUGACUCACGCUGGCAACAGCACGGCGCGAUACGGUUCAGCCCUGUCGAGGCAGGACCCCCCAUCCAGAAGCAUUCUACAGCUGGUUGGUCAGCUGUUUACCUCUGGACACCGUGUUUCGAUCACUGCAGCUAACCAACAGGACGGCCCUUCUCCAGUCGCCAAGCCUGUAGUAGACACCCCUGAUUACCCCUUCGAUAAGACACUGACAUACUGGCAUGAACCCAGGCUAAGCCGUGAUUGGCGGCUUCGUGAAGAGCCUUCGCAGAGUCUUUUGGGCUUACGUACAAACGACUGGAACCCACUGCAACCACGUUGGCGGAAGAUGCUGAACGUCGAGGAGGUCCCUUGGCUCGCGGAUCACGUCGUGGGCAACAGCAUCAUUUUCCCAGGUGUAGGUUCUAUCGUAAUGGCUAUUGAAGCUGUCAAACAAACAGCCAGUGGAAACCAAGCCAUCAGGGGCUACCAUUUGAAAGAGACCACAUUCACGAGUCCUAUCGUCGUCACCCCGGGACAGACCACAGAGGUCAUGACACAUCUCCGUCCAUUACAACAGUCAUAUGAGAAAACCUCCACCCGGUUCGAGGUAGAAAUUUUCUCGUUUGCGGAGAACUACUGGAGGGCUUGCAACAAACACCUCAUCCAUGUCGAGUUCGAACAAGAAACCCGAACCGAAGUAGAUGGCGGACACGAGCUCCAGCUCCUCACCUCUUCCAUCGCUCACAAUUACCGAAACACAAAAAGCAAAGCCAAUGUGAAAAUUGCCACUGCUGAUUUCUACCACGGGCUCGAGGAGAUCGCGUUUCAAUACGGACCUACCUUUUCUCUUACCGACGAGAUUCGUUGGGAUGGGGAACAUCUCGCCAUUGCCGAAGUUCACGUUGGGCCUCCAGUUGACUCAUAUAAGGAGGGUGUUGUCCAUCCCGGCGUUCUCGACUCAUGCUUGCAGCUCUGCCUAAUCCCACCAUCUCAGAAAAUCUCGAAGAACAUCCCGACUUGUGUGCCGCACAAGAUCAAAGGCGCCUGGAUAGCUGAGACCGCGUGGCGGGAUCCAUCUGCAGACCGAGUCGAUGUCUUGACAGAGGCAAAGCUCAAAAGCACUGGCGCCGGCCUCGACUGUGAGGUGGCUAUCUUGUCCAAAACAGGCGCUCUUCUUGGAUAUUUCAAACGGCUAGAGAUGUUGCCGAUCAUGUCGCGUGAGAUUGAUCUCGAUGAUAGCGGGAGGAAGUUGCUGCACCAUAUCGACUGGAAGCCACACCUUUCAUUGCGUCCCCCGCAGCAGCCGCAUGACUUGGGUAAUACCGCAAUAAAAUCACCAGACAACGAAGAUGCAGCCGUCAGCGACCGGAUCGAGCUUGAGGAGACACUCAGGUCUGUAGCGCAGCGGAGCAUUGACAGCCUUCAGCACGACGAAUGGGAGAGGAUGCCAGCCCAUGUGAAGAAGUACAUCUCUUGGACAGAACGCCAGCUUCGGGGAAAGCCAAACAGAGAAAUCCCUGCAGGAUGCGAUCUCAUCAGCAAGUUACAAGACCUUGGUAUGAGAUGGCCAUCGUGGAGAGUGUUCACAGAGGCCGCAAAGAGCUUUCCGUCCGUAGUCCGCGAAGAACCACAAGAGCUCGAUUUGUCCCUUUCGUCGGACAUAUUUCAGGAUUACCUCGAUGACAUAGUGGCUGCAGUCUGCAACCAAGAUUUUGAGGCGUAUCUCGGACUGCUGGCUCAUCAGAAGCCCACCCAGAGGAUUCUCGAGAUUUGCGCUCGUCGAGGUGCUCUCACUAGCUACGUGCUAUCAGUCUUUCAGAGAAUCGAAGCUCGUACAGGGGGUAUAACGUACUCUCAGUACACCUAUUCGGACACACUGACAGCCUCGCUCGACGAUGCCCGACAACGAUUUGCCGAACACCAAAACCGCAUGGACUUCACGUGUCUUGACGUCAAUCGAGACCUCAUCGCGCAAGGGAUGCAGCCCGCUAGCUACGAUGUGAUCUUCGCAGCAGGUGCCUUGCGAAGCGCCAACAAUAUCAGUGCCGUUCUUCAAAAUCUUGGAAGAGUGCUGACGCCGGGUGGCCAGCUCGUCCUCCACGAGAUUACGGUCCCCGACCGCUUUGAGAUAGGCUUCGGCUUCGGCGCGACUGCGGACUGGUGGUGUGACCGACAAGACGAUGGAACGAUGACCCCCUCCCAAUGGGAUGCAGCUUUGAAAGACAACGGCUUCUCAGGGACCGACCUAGUCAUCAGGGACUACAAGAACGAUGUUUUGCAUUGCUCUAGCCUCAUGGUGUCGAGAGGAGCGGCGGCUCAGCCAAGCCUUCCAAAUGCAGAUACCAGGGUUCUGAUAGUGAUUGAUGACGACGACAGCUUCCAAAAGGCGCUCGCGGAGAGUUUGCUCCAUAACACAACCUGGAAUUCCCGUGUACUUACUCUUACCGAGAUGAUAGUUGAGAAGCUUGAAACAAACAACUAUGUCGUUUGCCUUGCGGACGUCUACCGGCCAUACCUCCACCCAAUGAAACAACAGACGCUGAAAACUGUUAGAAACUGGGUACAACAGUGUAAGAAUCUAUUCUGGGUUACUGCAUAUAAUACGGAGAGCACCGCGCUCUCAUCAUCGUACCCCUACACAGGGAUCAAGGACGGUUUCCUCCGUACUCUACGCUCCGAAUUCGCUCUCAAUCGCAUCGUCUCUCUUACUCUGGGCGAGAGCACUCGUGACGCCACAACCUGUGCGAGAUACGUAUUUGAUGUCUUCGAGUCAGCCUUUAUUCGGGGGCUCAGCGCUGAUGUUGAAUACAUGGUCCGAGACGGCGAGAUUUUAACCGCACGGCUGGUUGACGAUGAUGACACCAACAAAGCCCUCGCGUCAUCUCUAGUGCCGCAAGCCAUUACCGAGCCUUGGCUACCAGGACCGCCGCUCAGAUUGGGUAUUCAAACCCGUGGACAGCUCGAGACUUUACGCUUCCAAGAAGACGUAGAAUACUACGAGGAGCUAGGCCCACAAGACGUUGAGAUUGAAGCCAAGGCAUGGGGUCUUGGCUUCCGUGACGUCUUUAUGGCCCUCGGCCGCUUGGAGGAAGAUGAUUUCGGGAUAGACUGCGCGGGCAUAGUGACACGAGUAGGAUCUGAGGUUCAGUCGAUCAAGGUCGGGGACCGUGUCUGCGCGCAGGAAUUCAACUGCAUGAAAACCUAUGCCAGAUCGCGUGAAUGGUCGACGCAAAAGAUUUCAGACUCUGUUUCGUUCGAAGAGGCCUGCGCUGUCAUCAUGCCCGGUAUGACGGCGAUACAGUCGUUGAUCGAGGUCGCGCGCCUGCAGAAAGGCGAGAAAGUCCUGAUUCAUUCAGCUUCCGGUGGCACAGGCCAGGUCGCCCUUCAGAUCGCGCAGAUGAUUGGCGCAGAGGUGUUUGCGACUGUAGGGUACGACAGCAAAAAGCAGCUCCUAAUGGACAAGUUCAACGUCCCUGAGGAUCACAUUUUCUACAGCAGAGACACCAGCUUUGCCCAGGGGAUCCUGAGAAUCACGAAUGGUUAUGGCGUUGAUGUGGUUUUAAACUCCUUAGUAGGGGAGUCCUUGCGAGCCUCUUGGGACUGCAUCGCCCCGUACGGAAGGAUGAUCGAGAUUGGCAAGGCCGAGAUAAAUGCCAAUGCGUCGCUGCCCAUGGCCAGCUUCGCGAAGAAUACCAUGUUCGCCGGCGUCGACCUUUAUUACAUAAAAAACGACUUGAAUAAAAAGCAUGUGACGCGCAUGCUUCUGCAAAGGACGAUGGACCUGGUUAGGGAUGGAAGUGUCCGGGUGCCGGUACCCCUUCACAUUUAUGGCUUGGACUCGAUGGAGGAUGCAUUUCGAUAUCUCGCGAGUGGGAAGAACUCAGGUCGUAUCUUAAUUCGCGUCGAUCCAUCAACGCAUGUCCAGAAACCCAAGAUCAACCGGAGAACAUGGAAGUUCGAUGGAAAAGCCACUUACAUGGUAGCAGGAGGUCUUGGUGGCAUCGGUCGCUCGAUACUUAGAUGGAUGGUUACGAGAGGAGCUAGACACUUGCUCGUUCCAUCGAGGUCUGGUCCUGCCUCUGCUGCAGCGUCCGAGGUCGUGCGUGAGUUAUCUGAUCAGAAUAUCGUUGUGUCGACCCCAAAAUGCGACGUGUCUUCAAAAGACGCCCUCUCGCACAUGCUAGAAGAUGCUGGCACAACUCUCCCUCCUAUACGAGGGUGCAUAGUCGCCACUAUGGCUCUGAAUGAUUGCUUGUUUGAAAACAUGACGUUGCCACAAUGGGAGCAAACCUCUUGCUCCAAAGUCGAGUCGUCAUGGAACCUCCACACACUACUUCCUGAGCUCGACUUCUUUAUACUGCUCUCUUCCGUCUCCGGUGUGGUUGGAAACCCCGGCCAGAGCAACUACGCGGCAGGCUGUACCUUCCAGGACGCGCUGGCACGGCAUCGCAACGAGGGCGGCCAGAAAGCAAUCUCUAUCGACCUCGGUGUGAUGCGCAGCAUCGGAGUCGUCGCAGAGACCGAACGGCUCCAGCAGCAUUUCCAGAACUCCAAGGCAUUCAUCCAAGUCGAGGAGGCCGAGUUCCUAUCCCUGCUAGACAUCUGCUGCGACCCGUCGUACCAUCCACAAGGCCACCAAUGCCAGAUGGUUAUGGGCCUCGAGACCCCCGCCAGUCUCCUUGCGCGGUCGCUUGAGCCACCCGAAGUCCUGCAGAGACCACUCUUCGCCCGCUUUAGCCAGCGAGCGGACUUGUCUGGCAGCAGCAAUGACGGCACCGGCGACGGUUUAGACGCCGCGCGGCUCUUCCGGGAGGCCGAUUCGGCGGUCGAGCGCGCUCAAGUGGUCGUCGAAGCUCUCUCCAAGCGGCUGGCGCGGACGCUGUCGAUCAAGUUCGAGGACGUCGAUACACACCAGGCGCUUCAUGCGUACGGCGUGGACUCGCUCAUCGCUGUCGAGCUCCGCACCUGGCUUGGCAAGGAAUUCGCGGCCGACGUGUCCGUGUUCGAGAUUGUGAGCGGGAAGACGAUCGAAGCUGUCGGGGAGCUGGUAGCCAAGACGAGUAGGAUUGAAAAGGGGGCGUAGAUAUCUAUGUCCGGUGGGCUAUAUUGGUUCGACCACGAGUCGAUUUUGCGGAACGCAGUGUUGGAUUGAAAAGGGUCUGGGUAGGCAAAGCUGGAUUCAUU